AGUGCUGAGCCGUUGCCUACUUGCCUUACUAAAGUUUCACGGUAGCGCGCGCACACAAACGAUUAUUAUAUUUCACCGUGCUCAAUUCUCUACUGCAUAGCUACCGUGUUUUCUUGCAGAGUUUACUUAAUCAUAAUUAAUUGUUUAUAGAAGAUCAAUCACAAAGUUCUGAAGAAGGAUGAGCAAGAGACCUGCGCCUGAUCCCGUGACAGUGUUGAGGGGUCAUCGUGCUUCGGUCACCGACAUCUCGUUCCAUAAUUCCAAGAACUUGUUGUUUACUGGUUCUGCGGAUGGUGAGUUGCGCAUUUGGGAUACCUUGCAACAUCGAACUGUUUCAUCAGCAUGGGUGCAUAGUGGGAAGCAUGGUAUCAUUUCUGUUAUGGCCUGUGAUUCAAGUGGGAACGACGACAAAGUUAUCAGCCAAGGAAGAGAUGGAACCAUAAAGUUGUGGGAUAUUGGAGAUGGGGGUUUGCCUAGGGCCCCUUCUUCCAUGAUAACAACAAACUCCUACCACUUUUGUAAACUUUCUGUGGUGAAGAAGCCUUCUAGUUUUGCCAAGCAAGUUGAUGAUGGAAAUAGCAAAGUUGACGAACCGGUCGGUGAUACCAGCAAUUUGGGGAGUCUCAGUGGCAUUCAAGGGAGUAGCAGCAGCAAUCCUGAAGAUGAUAAACUUAAUGGAGGUCAUGAAUAUGUUGCUAUAGCAGGGGAAGAGUCCUCUCAGGUGGAGAUUUGGGAUCUCAAUGCUGCAGUAAGGUUUGCACAGUUACCUCAUUCUAGUGUCUCCUCAAAUCAUGCUUCAAAAGCAAGAGGAAUGUGUAUGGCAGUUCAAGCAUUUGUACCAUCUCAAUCACAGGGUUUCUUGACUGUCUUGGCCGGCUAUGAAGAUGGAACCAUGGUAUGGUGGGAUUUGAGGAAUCCAAGGGUCCCUCUGACUUUGGUAAAGUAUCAUUCAGAACCAGUUCUAAGCUUAUGUGUUGAUGGAUCGUGCACUGGGGGAAUCUCUGGAGCCGCCGAUGACAAAAUCGUCAUAUUUGCUUUGGAUCAAUCAAUGGGCAUUUCUGUGGUUAAAAAAGAAAUAAGAUUGGAGCGGCCUGGCAUUGCCGGAAUAUCAAUUCGUGCAGAUAAAAAGAUUGCUGCCACAGCUGGCUGGGAUCACAGGGUCAGGGUAUAUAAUUAUCGGAAUGGAAAUGCUUUGGCCAUAUUGAAGUAUCAUCAUGCUAUGUGCAAUGCUGUCACUUUCUCAGCUAAUAAUAGACUGAUGGCAUCUUCAUCGGAAGAUACCAGUGUCGCCCUGUGGGAACUUUAUCCUCCAAGAACUGUUGUUUGAACUGUUGGAUAAUGGUUAUCCCCUGCUAAGGCGACCGCGAGAGUUCAUGGCCAGUCUAGGAGUAAAAGAUGAGCUAUUACUUUUCAUUAUAGGAAUGGUGUAUUAUUAUGCCGGAAGGAUAUAUGAUACAUGUAAUAUCUAAAGUUACUGUACAUAUGGGAGAGAAUGUAAUUUAAAGAAAUGAAUUUAUUGAAAACCAGUCUUCUAUACUC